AUGUUUCGUAUCGCCGUCCCUAUCUCAGCCAACGUCCCCUCCAUGAGCGUUACGCCUCGCCGUCCUCAUGGGGGAACCUUCCUUUCGGUCUCCAGUGAACAUUAUGCAUCUUCAUCCCCACUGAACAUUAUAGAGCCUUCACUCACUCACACUGCUCUCCUUCCUGUGACCACCAUCAAUCUUCCGGGUCGCACUCCAGCCAACCUCCGCCCUUGCAAAUCAGGCGACCUCUACCCUCUCUCGUUCUUCACGCUCACAGAUUACAGAGCCCUAACUCGCUCACCUGCUCUGCCUUGUGGCCGCCGCGGCGCUACUGAUCUUCCGGGUCGCACUCCAGCCAACCUCCGACCUCGCAACUCAGGCGACCACCACCCUCGUGGUUCGCGUUCACAGGUAAUAGCUCUCACCCGCUCACACUGCUCUGCCUCGUGCAUGUGGCCGCCUCCUCCGGUCUCGGACCUCGCACCGCCACCAGCCUCUAAUCCUUGCCCCUUUGCGUCUUUGUGCGAUCUCUGUCAAGUCCCAAUUUUUUUGGUCAGAGCAAAAGGUUAAGUUGAAUGAUGCUGAGCACAAGUUAAAAGAUCAAGGACGUCAACUAAAGGUUCAACAGAAAAGAAUUGGUUCUACUAAAAAGACAAUUCA